AGCUCCAGCGCGGGAUGGAGCAGGAAGCCUAAAACUUCAGUCUGCAGAGGGACCUCUAGUGUUUUUCUUUCUCGGCGUCCUGGCAGAGUUCCCCCGAAGUACAAAUACACACAGAGCUCCCAUUGUUCGCAGCCCUUCACAAGCCCACUGAUCCUAAUAUGGAAUUCAGCAGGAAACCCAUGAUUUCCUGACACACAGCAAGCUGGAGAAAGAAAGGAAAAACUCCAUUAAAAACCUCCAGGCUUUCCUCCAUGUUAGAAAUGAAAUGGAAAAUGGAGUGGAUUUAGCAGGAAUCCCUGAAUCCUGCGGCCAAGCCGGAGGACGGGAGAAGCGAGUCAAAGCCGCAGGCUGCUGAUAUUUUUUAAGUUGCAAUAGAGACUGAGAACUCUGGGGCAGGAUGAGGAUUUCCUGACUGGGGCUCACAAGAACGGACAAAUCACUUUUUUUUUUUUUUUUAUCGCUACUCCUCUCUCUAUAUAUAUUUAAUUUAUUCACCUCGAUGAUUCUCUUGACUGCUCUGGUAAUUGUUAGAAGCGGCUGUGACAGCCUGGAAACAUUAGUAUGAUUUCCUGAGUUAGAGAUUCCCCCCCCCACCUCCAAACUCAGGAAAAGUCAAUACAAUCGCACUUCAUUUUUCCUUCAUGUGCACUUGGAAGUCCUGGGAGCAGCAGCAGCAGCAAGAAUGAACUGCAAGGAAGAAGAUGACAACUGCACUGACGGCAGCAGCAACAACACCAAGAAGAUGUUAAAAUGCGUGGUGGUUGGGGACGGCGCAGUUGGGAAGACUUGUUUGCUGAUGAGCUACGCCAACGACGCUUUCCCCGAGGAGUACGUGCCCACCGUAUUUGACCACUAUGCAGUAACUGUGACGGUGGGAGGACAACAGCACUUGCUGGGACUUUAUGACACUGCAGGGCAGGAGGACUACAACCAGCUGAGACCCUUGUCUUACCCCAACACAGACGUGUUCCUGAUCUGCUUCUCGGUGGUGAACCCUGCCUCCUACCACAACGUCCAGGAGGAGUGGGUUCCCGAGCUGAAAGUCUGCAUGCCGAAUGUGCCUUACGUCCUCAUAGGAACACAGAUUGAUCUUCGUGAUGAUCCCAAAACUUUGGCUCGGCUACUUUACAUGAAGGAGAAACCACUCACUUACGAGCAUGGAGUGAAGCUAGCUAAAGAGAUCGGAGCACAGUGCUACCUGGAGUGCUCAGCCCUCACGCAGAAAGGCCUUAAAACAGUCUUCGACGAAGCGAUCCUCACCAUCUUCCACCCCAAGAAGAAGAAGAAGCGUUGCGCAAAGUGCCACAGCUGCUGCACCAUUGUGUGAAGUCCCUCGGAAAGAAAAGCGAGACGAGUUCAAUGAAACCAAGCAGGUCAGAGAGGCAAUGACGGUCACAUGCAACUGAAACGGGGAACAUGACCAGAAAGGGGUCCUUUUUACCCAAAGAGGAGCCCUCCGUUCUGUGAAACCUCCAAGCAGUAUCACGCUAGGCCAACUCAUGUCUAUGUGCUUUCCUAAUCCUCCAGAGCUGUACGCAGCCUGCUGCAGACUGCGCCGAGCCAAUGUAAACCAGGAUGCCCGCUCCUGCUUGAGUCUUCACCUUAGGAAUAAGGGGAAGGUGCUGUGUGGAAAAAAAAAACAAACAAAGAAUUAAAGGUGGUAAAAGAAACAAGAGAAACUCCAUUUGCGGCCUUAAGCAAGGAUUGAUCAAAAUUAGGAACUUAGAGUACUUAGGAAUUGAAUCUGAAUUGACUGAAAGCACAUGGAGAUCUGUAGAUUUCUAAUAUGUAAGAUAUACACUAUAGGUAGGAUGUACUUUUAAAUUACUUUUCUUAUAAGACUCGCUAGUUCAGGAUAUACUUCAGUUUGUUCAGACUACAUGAAAGUAAAGGUGGAGCGAUUACAGCUUGUUUUCACUUAACAGUGAAACUUCAGUGUCAGUAUGUCGCUUCGUCCAAGCUAUCAAAACGGAUCAACAUUUACCUCCAGACUUAAGGAAUGUUCUUACAACAAAAAAAUGCAAAUAACUGUAUUUUUACAGGCGAAUGUUCAGGCUGAGCCAUGUUUCCAUAAGCUGGGAGAGGAAGAGCAGAGCUAGUGAAAACUAUUGCAUUAAUGUACUGAAACAAAGAAAUUCUGCCACCAAAGAAUAUUGCCCUAGGUAUGAAAUGCCAGUGUGGAACAACCUCCUUUCCGCUCUGAGAACCUGAAAGGGUCGCAUUGCAAUGGCAAAUGAAAAUUUACUGUAUAGAGCAGCUGGAUUUCCACAUCUCACCCAGGAGGCAAAAACAGCAAAAACCAAAAAUGCCAAAGGUCAUGCUGAUUUCAAGGGUUUUAAGGUGAUCCGAUUGCCUUUAAAAAAAAGAAAAGAGAGAGAGAGCCUUUCUUAUAAAGCAGCCCAUCAAGGAAGGGUUGUAAACCUGUUGAUUUACUAUAGUCCUUCCUGCCCCAUCUUCCCCCAUCAUUCGUUAUUUCUUCUUUUGCUCCCAUUUUUCCAUCUUCGUUAUUGUGAGUGCUGUUUAAGAUGCAGGGUGGCUGCGGUCCUCAGGAAUGAACUUUCACAAGCGCUGCAGAAAGCUGGGCUGCAGCAGACAGCGCAGAGAGGGGAAGGCCAAACCUUAAGGGAAAGGAAGCUGCCUGCAAGCUCUCCUCGCUGUCGAAACGACGCCUGCCUUUCCGCUACGGCCUCUCCAGGGAGCCUGUUGUCUGCACAUCGCAGCAACGCAGACGCGCGGAGGUGAACCCUAAGGACAUCUUGCUAACUCGCAUCCGCCUUCGGGAACCCUGACAGUGCCGUGAAACUGUCUUGUUAGGGACUUCAUUUGGCAAAGAAAAUCACAGGUUUCCAGACUUCUAGUGCAACUCCUUGCAAAAGCAGCAUCUAUAGUGAGCAUUUCUAGAGCUGCUGAGAGUAAGUAAAUAGCAGAAGUAAAUAACAGCAGUGUAGCCUUCUGCCCCAGGGCAGCAGCCCCCCUCGGCGCCGCCAGCCUCCUCCUCUCCAAGGACUGUGCAGCGGCCGAGUCUACGCAGUUCUGUGAAUAGCAGUGAAUUACAGACCCAGUGCUCACCCGGUCAGAGCAAUUAGUGACUUUGGCAGGGCCUUGAAUAAAACCGUACCAUGGGUACAGAGAAGGGAACAAGCAGGAUGCAAUGCCCAGUCCAGCAGCUGCUGAAGCUCAUGGAUCCAAGCUCCUCCUUUCACUCUAGCAAAAUUUUUUUUUUAACCAUGGACACUAGUAGAAACCAAAUCAGACACCCCAAAACGCUUCCAAGAAGACAUCAGCACGAUCAAGUUUUGUGUAACUGUCUUGUUGCUUUUACCCAGCAGACUUUCACUAACAGUCUCUUCCCGCUGCACACUAGCACGAACGAAAAUGAAGUUUUGAUAAAUCAAAGAUAUAUAAAAGCAAGAUUUCCUUCACUGUUGGCAUUCAUUGUGCAUAUUCUAUAUUUGGUUUUAUUAUGUCCCAGACAUUUGCUUCAAAUAGCUGGACUGGCAGAACAGAGCUCAGAGUGAGGACAGAGCUGAAGUCUGGUGAAGGAGUCAAUGUUGUGCCGCAGAGGCUGCACUGCCGUCCCCAUGCGCAGCAGUGAGCAUUCAUGCAGCUGGGACACGGGCAGUCAGCUCAACCAUAAGAUGUAUAAAGAUAUCAGAGGAGCAUGAGGAAAACAAGGAGUGGAUUAAAUGCAUAAAUAUAUAAGGAAUGCUUGCUGAUUUACAACCUGACCAUAAAUCCACUGAAACAAAACAAAACAAAAAAAAAGCUUUCAACAGAUUUCAGAGAAAAGAGUUAGAGAUUCACUGUGCUGCCAUUUACUUCAGUGGAAAUAAAAUAGGGCAAUUAUUUGAUGCACC